GAUUAUUAAAAUUAUCUUAGAAAAGCUGCAUAACUCUGCUCCCUAUUUUACGCUACAAGCGCGGAAUUUGAUUCGCAAAUUUUGAAAAAAUUAGAGUAUUUUGGAUAUUUUGCGUGGCAGACGUCGCAGUCGAAGGCGUCGAAGGUGUGGCUUGAGGCAAAUCUAGUUGUUGAGUAAAUCGUGGCCAAGAGAAUCGCAAUGGCGGCGUACUUGGCAGAUUUCGUGGUUGCAAAAUAGGUUAUCAAACGUCGUCUUCUGGCAGCGAAAACCAGCUGUAGAUGAAAUUUGAAAAAUAACUGAAUACACAUCGUGAGAAUAUGAUCUUUAUAAAAUAAAUCCAACUUUCACGGUGCGUUUUAAUCUCCCGUAAGAAAUUUCCCGCGAGUCUAUGAUGGCAGAAAAUGCUGCAGAGCUCUUGGAAAAUAUCAGAAUUCUCCUCUGGGGACCUACUGUCAAGGAGGAUGUCUUCAGACGGUGGGCACAAGGUUUCUACUUCAGUCCUGACGAGCCGACAGCACUAGUACAAAGUGAGGGAGGUCCAUGUGCCGUUAUCGCUCCUGUUCAAGCAUUUAUAAUAAAACAGCUGUUGCAAGAGUGCAACAUUUCGACGUGGAAGCACAUCAAAGCAGAAAAAUGUGAUCAGCUUCUCGUGAAAGCUGUGACGGAAAUCUUAGCACAGGCUGCUGAUGUACAAAAUCCAAAGUAUUCUAUCAUAUUUUUAAGCGAGUCUAGUGAUAUGGUAAACGGAGAAGUGCCUGACGCUGUAACUACAGAGGAAAGUUCGACAGAAUCCGAGGAAAGGAUAUCCGAAGAUACCCCAAGUACAAGUGAAGGACGGCAAGAUUCACUAUCUGAAAGCUUUCAUUCACGCUUAAGGAUACUGUCAGUAGAAAACAUUGGCGAAGUUGAAAACUUUUUUAUGGAAAGAAUCAGUUUAUUAAAAGAGUCGUUUGGAGUCCUGGUGCUACUCUACUCAGUUGUGUGUACAAAAGGAAUUGCUGGAAUGCAGGAGGAAGUUUUAGACUCUUCAGAAUGUUUAAUCGAUUCGACUUACGGUUACGGAAGCCAGCAUCUAAUAAAUCUCAUGUUAACCGGCCGAGCAGUUGGUCACGUUUGGGACCAUGAUCAAGACGUCGGUGGACUCAAACUGUUGGGCAUCGACAAACAAAACUCGGUAGGGUUCCUGGCGUACCUCGAGCAUUUGCAAUAUUGUGAAGUUGGCGCCUUUCUCAAAUCACCCUCACAUCCAGUCUGGGUCCUAGGGUCAGAGACACAUCUGACUGUACUAUUCUCCCCCGAAAGGGAUAUUGUGAGACCCGAGACACCUGCGGAAAUGGCUAAACGGAUUUUUAAUAAAUACAGUCCAGAUGGCAAUAAUUUCAUCCAGACGACAUUGCUUCAAGACGUUCUUGCGGAGCUGAACUUAGUGAAUGAUUCGGAAUACGUGGACAUAAUAAAGCAAAAGCUAGAUAAGGAGAGUCUAGGUAUAAUUCUCUUCAGUGCAUUCAUGGAGGAGUUUUUCUCGGAGCAACAGCCAACGGGCCCGGACACCUUCACUCUUUAUCAUUACAAUGGAUUAUCUCGCAGCAAUCCAGAGAACAAAAUUGUCUAUCACAAAGGUCAGGUAGUUCUUCUGGAGAGCAAUCUCAAGUGUGUUUCGAACAACAACAUGUUGACCUGUCUGCAGACCAAAUGGCCGAAUAUCGAAGUCGAGUGGGACAAUAAUCUGCAACCGAGUUUAAAUUGAGAGACUGUAUCACAAUUCAGUGGCCAUUUACAUAAAACUUGAAUCUUGAGGCGA